AUGAAUAAGCUAGCGAUUUACAAUUUGCCUAUGAACCUUUUUAUUGAGCAAUUUAACAGUAUCGUAAUAUGCUCAAUUAUUAACCUUAGUGCAGCUGUAGUCACAAUCCCCAUUCUUAUUACAAUUUUUAUGCUGACUAGGUUAUUUUACCCAUUAUUUUUUGCAAGAAGAUUAGCUAUGGUUAUUAAUAUCUUUGCAUUUGAGGAUUGGUUUAUUAUCUAAUGGCCAAUUUUUAUAUAUUUAUCACUUUUGUAAAUUGUAUAUUUGAUAAGGGUGAUGCCCUAUAUUAAAAAGAGUUCAAAUUACUUAUCAAUAUUUAAUGAGUCCUAUGUGCUCUUGUUUGGAACUAUUAUGAUUUUCAUGACUGAUUACCUGCCUGAUCCAAAAUUGAAAUAUAUGCUAGGAUGGAAUGUCUUAGCUUUAAUUAUCUUAGUAUCUUUUAUUAAUAUACUCUUUGCUAUUAAAGAAAAUAAAUCUCUGAUUAAGAAAGGCUUUUAAAAAAUAAGAGCAUUUUUUACUAAUUUAAGAAAACAUAAAAUCAUAGAGCAGACUUAAAGUGAAACCUAUAAUUAGAUAUUAAAUGAAUUAAGUAGAUAAAAUGAUGAAGGAAUGAAAAAUGAUAGUGGAAUUGUUAGGAUUAAUCCUUUAAAUGAGAUUGACUCAAUGCAACAAAAAGCUCUUAAAAUAAAGAAAACGGUUUCAAAAAUCUAAUUUAAAUCCAAGAUAACUCCAGUUAAUGAUGUAAUUUUAGAAGAAAUGUCAGCAGAAGCAGAAUCUAAAUUUGAAUUUACUGAGGUUGAAGAAGAAAAAAUUGAAGAUGCUGCUUUUGAAUAAGUUGAUUCAUAAACAAUUUUUUAGACUAUAAUAGACCAAUAAAAGCAAAAUGAAAAUAAUGAUUUCAGUGAAUUAAUAUUUAAUAAUGAUGAUGUUAAUGCUUGA